AUGCUUCUGCGCCAUCAUGUCCGCACGAUUUUACUACAAACCGCCGUGAGGACGACCCAAUUGACCAAUUCACGCAAUAUGUAUCGAUCAGCUCUGAGGACAUGCGCAAGACGAUGCGUCGCGGCGCCCUCCCGAAGUGUCCUGCCCGCCGUGAGGACUUUCGCCUCAGCUUCCGACGGUCCUGUGUUCAACUGGGAGGACCCUCUGAACUCCAAGAAUCUGCUAACAGAGGAGGAACUCGCCAUCUCAGAGACUGCUGAGCGGUACUGCCAAGAGCGUAUGCUGCCACGCGUGCUGCAGGCUUACCGAGACGAGCAGUACGACAAGAAGAUCCUCGAGGAGAUGGGCGAGCUGGGGCUUCUCGGCGCAACAAUUGAAGGCUACGGCUGCGCAGGCGUUUCGACCGUUGCCGGUGGUCUCAUCACGAAGGCCGUCGAGAGGGUUGACAGCGGCUACCGCUCUGGCAUGUCCGUCCAGUCGUCCCUUGUCAUGGGCGGCAUCGCCGAGUUCGGUACACAGGAGCAGAAGGAGAAGUACCUGCCUCAGAUGGCCACGGGCAAGAUGUUGGGCGCAUUCGGCCUGACGGAGCCUAAUCACGGCAGCGACCCCGGCUCGAUGGAGACCGUGGCGAGGCCUCACCCGACCAAAAAAGGCUACUACUCGCUGUCCGGGUCCAAGACGUGGAUUACAAACUCGCCCAUCGCCGACGUGCUUCUCGUCUGGGCGAAGCUACAGGAGACGGGCAAGAUCAGGGGCUUCUUGGUCGAGCGGUCGCAGUGUCCCGCCGGCACCCUCGAGACGCCCGCCAUCAAGAACAAGAACGGCCUACGCGCCUCCAUCACCGGCAUGAUCCAGCUCGACGACGCCCCCGUGCCGGCGGAGAACAUGUUCCCUGCGGUCGAGGGGCUGCGCGGGCCUUUCUCGUGCCUCAACAGCGCGCGGUACGGCAUCUCCCUCGGCGUCAUUGGCGCCCUUGAGGACUGCAUCGCCCGCGCGCGCACCUACGCUCUCGAGCGGCGCCAAUUCAAAAACAACCCCAUCGCCAAGUACCAGCUCGUGCAGAAGAAGCUCGCCGACGCCGUUACCGACGCGGCGUAUGGCACCGUCGCAGCGAUUCAGGUCGGCAGGCUAAAGGACGAGGGCAAGGCGACGCCCGAGAUGAUCAGCAUGGUCAAGCGCCAGAACUGCGACCGCGCGCUGCAAAACGCGCGCGUUCUGCAGGAGAUAUUUGGCGGCAAUGCUGUCAGCGACGAAUACGCCAUAGGGCGGCACGUUGCCAACUUGUUCGUGACGCAGACGUACGAGGGCCAGAGCGAUAUCCACAGCCUCAUUCUCGGUCGGGCCAUCACCGGCCUCCAGGCAUUUGUGUAA